AUGUCUGGCGCCACUGAGAAGCCGGGUUCUAUGCGGACAUUAGAUUUGCUCAAGAAGUCGCAAGAUGCUCCGGCUGACGACCCCUUGGUCGGCAUCGUUAAAGAUGUCAUCCACAAGCUCCAGAACAACCCCACCAGCAUCACCACGGAAGAUGCUCGCCGUUUAUCCGAGAACACCGUUGUCAGCGACUUGCAGACGGCGAAGAUCAUCUCUGCUGUUGAGGCUAUAGCUUCUAGCAGCGCGAUCAUCCACCAGGUUGAUCCCACACUGGGCCAGGCUCCUCGCACUUCUCUUCCCACGAUCAUCACCGACUUGAAGGCUGCGGUCGAUCAGAACCCUAACGAUGUCACAACGGAGGUCCUCAAGAACGCCCAGAACGUCGUCAGCAAGAUGCAGAAAGCUGUCGGCCACACAAAUGCGCCUCACCCCGAAUUACAGGCCCAGCUCCGAGAGGAAAUCGCUAAGAUCGAGCCCAAGGUUGCCGAAGGCACCGUCACCAUUGAGGAAGCCAACCACCUUCACUCUCUCGAGGCCCGUGCCCAUGGCCACACCGAAAAGGGCGGCAUCACCUCCAUCGCGCAGUCGGUCGCUGCUAAGCGUGAACGCCAGCUCUCUCUCAGCAGCGGUUCUGGCUCCUCUGGCAUCCGUUCACGUGCCAACAGCAAGACCUUCAUACCCCAGGAUCAAUCUCGUCUUGACAAGGAAUCCAACCCAAAGAAUGCCGAGGAUGCUAUCAAGCCCGGGAUUGAGCAAGGUACCGCCUCUGAGGACGACGUCAAACUCCUCCACUCAUGCGAGACACGGGCUCAUGGACAUACGGAAAAGGGUGGUUUGGCUUCUUCUGCUCAGUCUGUUGCCGCGAAGAAGCGCCAGGACUCGCUCAGCGACCAAACCAAUCUCACACCCGAGGCACGUAAGAAUCUGACCAAGCACGAGCAUGAGAUUAGCCAGAAGCUUGCAGACAUGUCCGUUGGCUCCCAGGCCAAGGUUUGA